GGCACGUGGAGCUCCAUGGCGGCGUCGCAGGCCGCGGGGGACGUCAACAUCCCGGCGGGCGACGCGGGCAGGCCCGGGGACCGCGAGCCGCCGGGGCCCGACUGUCCGGAGGCGGACCGGCCCACGCGCCGCUCCUGGAGGCACAAGUGCGCCUCGUACGUGCUGGCGCUGCGGCCCUGGAGCUUCAGCGCGUCGCUGACCCCCGUGGCCCUGGGCAGCGCCUUGGCCUACCGGGCGCAGGGCGGGCUGGACCCGCGGCUGCUGGCGGGCUGCGCCGUGGCCGUCCUGGCCGUGCACGGCGCCGGCAACCUGGUCAACACCUACUACGACUUCUCCAAGGGCAUCGACCACAAGAAGAGCGACGACAGGACGCUGGUGGACCGCAUCCUGGAGCCGCAGGACGUGGUGCGGUUCGGCGUCCUGCUCUACACCCUGGGCUGCGUGUGCGCCGCCGGCCUCUACUCCCUGUCGCCCCUGAGGCUGGAGCACUUGGCCCUCAUCUACUUCGGAGGCCUGUCGGGCUCCUUCCUCUACACGGGAGGAAUUGGAUUCAAGUAUGUGGCUCUGGGAGACCUCGUCAUCCUCAUCACGUUUGGCCCACUGGCUGUGAUGUUCGCCUACGCCGUGCAGGUGGGGUCCCUGGCGGUCUUCCCACUGGUGUACGCCAUCCCUCUCGCCCUGAGCACCGAGGCCAUUCUCCAUUCCAACAACACCCGGGACAUGGAGUCGGACAGGGAGGCCGGCAUCGUCACGCUCGCCAUCCUCAUCGGCCCCACCCUCUCCUACAUGCUCUACAACACGCUGCUCUUCCUGCCAUACCUGAUCUUCAGCAUCCUGGCCACACGCUGCAGCAUCAGCCUGGCCCUCCCGCUGCUCACCAUUCCCAUGGCCUUCUCCCUGGAGAGACAGUUCCGCAGCCAGACUUUCAACAAGCUGCCCCAGAGGACUGCCAAACUGAACCUCCUGCUGGGGCUUUUCUAUGUCUUUGGCAUCAUUCUGGCCCCAGCGGGCAGUCUGCCCAAACUGUAAGGGGACAGGGGACGCCCCCCUGCCCCCUGCUGUCCCCUGGCCUUAGAAUGUGUUUCUGGAAGGCAGAGAAUCCUGAGGAGGGAGGGUAGGCAGGAUUUGGCAGGCAGGGGCCUAAGGGUGGCUUCUAACCUCUUGCCUUUCUUAUUAUUAUAUUUCUAAAGAUAAGGUUUUGCUUCUGUAUCACUCCAUUUUAUGGUGAAUGUUGAAACCACUCUUAUCAGAAGUUGAACUGGAUGCCUGGCCCUUGUUUUAUUUAUAAUUGCCACUAGGGGGUGUUGUUAGGUCACUUUAAAGUAUAUUUAUUAGAAGGCCCUAAGCCUUGGUGAAGGAGCCUCCAGGUUGGCCCCGCGUGGGAAGGCCCAGUGACUGGGCUCCUGCUGCCCCCCCCCCACCGCGGUAGGUGUCCUCCUGGAGGCGUGGUCCUGCAGGAUGCGCUGGGAUCGGAGCCAGGCCCCAGGGACACGGCGCAUCUGUCUCAAACCCUGAGCACUUGGGCCUGAAUUAUGCUGCUCGAGAGAGAAAGUCCCUCAUUAACAGCCUGACGUGGCUCCGGCUUUUUGCCUCGGGUGUGAUUCGGACACUGUUGUCCUUCUCUCUCCUUUUGCUUGCUGCCACAGUGGAAGGAAGUGUCAGGUCAACGGCAGCAAGGUCAGCAAGGUCGUCAAGCUGAGGGCUGGGGAGGGAACAGCCGCCCGCCCUGGAGGCAGCUGAGAAAAUCACUCUGCUUGUGGACAGAAACUGGUAGGGCUGCUGUUUUUCCCUUUGUAGACUCUACUGGAAUGACAGGAAGGGCUCCAGCCCUUUUGGUAACUAUUAGGAGCCCUGGAAUCCUAGAGCACUGCUGUCCUUGUGGACUGCUCAGCGCCCCUGGGCAGCCUCUUCCCCACCCAUCACCUUUCCUCGUGCUCCCGUGGGCCCCCCCAUAUCUGUCGGGUUCCCAUCUGUGCGUCUCCCAUCCGUGGAGCCUAUUUGGGUAGCGGCUUAGCAGCUGAGUUGGGGACAGUUGUCAUCUCCCACAGAACCACAGGACGAGCAGACCAGGGAGGUCCACUCAUCCGUGAACGAAUAAGCCGAUAGACACAGGCCUGACCCCGUUCAGCCAGAGUGACAGGCCCUGCCAGGGAAGGCACCGUGUCUUCCUCUUUGGAGACAGAUGCGCAGUAUUGACCCUGCUUCUCCCCAGGGCACAAGCUGCCUUGUGCAAAGGUCUUUUGCUCCCAGAAUGGAGGAAUUCCAACGCUGCUCGUAGCUGCUUUUCACUUCACUGCCUGCAAAGUAGGAUUUCUGGGCCAGAGUCGCUCCGUUGUGUUUGGUCCAAGCCUGAAAUACGUUGAGACCAUCAUCAUUAUCCUUUUCUUUUUUUUUUUUUUUUCAUUAUCCUUCUCUGUUGUGAUUAUUGCCUUUCUGAUUGGCGUUUCAGGGUCUCGGCCACCGAAAAGACAAGAACUGGUUCUUACCCCUUAAAAUCAGGCUAAUUAUGAUUUGGGUCCUGGAGUUAGAAUUAGUUUCUCGGAAAAAACACACUUGGAAAUUAUAAGCGUUCCUCCAAAGAUAAAGGUGGUUUGUCUGCAGAGACCCAGAGUCCUCGAGUGGUGGUCAGAGCCCAGUAACAAGGAAGGAAGGACAGCCCUCCUCUCCUGCCAUUCCUCCCAGCACCAUUUUUCUUAUAGUCCAGGCCCGUGGCGUCGUGGUGUUCAUAGGGGUCCUGCCUUCAAAGAGGGGCUCUCAUGUCUCCCCUGAGAGCAGGCCAUUGUCACACUGGGCUCCGUCCUGCGGCCCUAGGACCAGAGGUCCCUGCAUCCCCAGACCAGACCCACCUUUGUGAGCUCUCACGUCGGGAGGUGUCGGCCUCUGCACUGCGUUGUGGUACAGAUUUUAAUGCAUAUUUUUAUAUAUAAAUGUUUCUAAAAGGCCAAGUUUAGUGCCAGGUUUUAUAUGCAGGUCACCAUACUUUAUAUGACACCCCCUGAUUCAAUGAAGUUCUCUUUAGACUUGUUAAUAAAAACAAUGUUUAUCUGUUG